UCGCGCCCCUGAAGGCAGUUUCAGCAGAUUCCCUGGCCGCUGGCCGGCUUCUGCCUGCCCUUCCAGCGCCGGGCCCUCGCGGCAGUCAAAGUUCCCGGGCGGUCUGCUUCCGCCUCAGGAUCAGACAGCGUGGGGGUUUCCAUCAAGCACCCGCCACCCCGGGAAUCCCCCCAUCUGGCCACACACGAACCCCGCUUCCUCUAAAUCUCCUCAGCCGGCGUUUGAAGCCUCCGCAAGCCCGAAUGAGGUUUGGACGUUCCUCCUGAGCCGGUCUCAACCCGCCUACACAGACCUUCCACCGUCAAUCCCUCGGCUGCGCCCGAAAGGAGCCGAAAGCCUUCGUCAGGUUCCGCCGCCAGCGCGGAGGCGGGGCCUCUCGAGCGGCUCCGGGCGGAGCUCGGCUGUUUCCGUGAGUGGCCGCUGCGCACUCGGCACUGGGCGGCGCUGGCUGGCUCCCUGGCUGCGGCUCCUCAGUCGGCGGCGGCUGCUGCUGCCUGUGGCCCGGGCGGCUGGGAGAAGCGGAGUGUUGGUGAGUGACGCGGCGGAGGUGUAGUUUGACGCGGUGUGUUACGUGGGGGAGAGAAUAAAACUCCAGCGAGAUCCGGGCCGCGAACGAAAGCAGUGACGGAGGAGCUUGUACCACCGGAGGAAAUGCCUAGAGGAGGGACCUGAUGCUCGCCCUGCUCUCUACCCUCUUUCUGAACCUGACCUGUGCAGCUUGAGAGAAUGAGCUUUGCUGCCCUCUGCCCUCCUCGUUAGUAAAGGAAGAGUCAUGAGAGGGACCAUCCCUAUUUCCUGUUAGCAAGACACAUCCAAGGAAGACUUUGAAUUUCUUCAUUGUUUGUUGUUUGAAGGUAACUAAAUGACCAUGGAAUCUGGAGCAGACAACCAGCAGAGUGGAGAUGCUGCUGUAACAGAAGCUGAAAACCAACAAAUGACAGCUCAAGCACAACCACAGAUUGCCACAUUAGCCCAGGUAUCCAUGCCAGCAGCUCACGCGACAUCUUCUGCUCCCACCGUAACCUUAGUGCAGCUGCCCAAUGGGCAGACAGUCCAAGUCCAUGGAGUUAUUCAGGCUGCCCAGCCGUCAGUCAUUCAGUCUCCACAAGUCCAGACAGUUCAGUCUUCCUGUAAGGACUUAAAAAGACUUUUCUCCGGAACUCAGAUUUCAACUAUUGCAGAAAGUGAAGAUUCACAGGAGUCUGUGGAUAGUGUAACUGAUUCCCAAAAACGAAGGGAAAUUCUUUCAAGGAGGCCUUCCUACAGGAAAAUUUUGAAUGACUUAUCUUCUGACGCACCAGGGGUGCCAAGGAUUGAAGAAGAAAAGUCAGAAGAGGAGACUUCAGCCCCUGCCAUCACCACUGUAACCGUGCCAACUCCAAUUUACCAGACUAGCAGUGGGCAGUACAUUGCCAUUACCCAGGGAGGAGCAAUACAGCUGGCUAACAAUGGUACCGAUGGGGUACAGGGCCUUCAGACAUUAACCAUGACCAAUGCAGCUGCCACUCAGCCGGGUACCACUAUUCUACAGUAUGCACAGACCACUGAUGGACAGCAGAUUCUAGUGCCCAGCAACCAAGUUGUUGUUCAAGCUGCCUCUGGCGAUGUGCAGACGUACCAGAUCCGCACAGCACCCACUAGCACCAUCGCCCCUGGAGUUGUUAUGGCAUCCUCUCCAGCACUCCCUACGCAGCCUGCCGAAGAAGCAGCGCGAAAGAGAGAGGUCCGGCUAAUGAAGAACAGGGAAGCAGCAAGAGAAUGUCGUAGGAAGAAGAAGGAAUAUGUGAAAUGUUUAGAGAACAGAGUGGCAGUGCUUGAGAACCAAAACAAGACAUUGAUUGAGGAGCUAAAAGCACUUAAGGACCUCUACUGCCACAAAUCAGAUUAAUUUGGGAUUUAAAUUUUCACCUGGUAUGGUGGAAAAUGGACUGGAUUGGCCACAACCAGAAAGACAAAAUAAACAUUUAUUUUCUAAACAUUUCUUUUUUUUCUAUGCGCAAAACUGCCUGAAAGCAACUACAGAAUUUCAUCCAUUUCUGCUUUUGCAUUAAACUGUGAAUGUUCCAGCACCUGCUUCCACUUCUCCCUCAAGACUGUGCGGCACCAGGAAUCAUGAAGACUUCUGCUCCCCAUCUCCCGCCUCCUCAAGAAGUAAUAAUUUGUUUAUUUGUAAAUUGUUGGGGGAAAUGAGGAAAAUGAAAUCUUGGCUCUUUGGUUUUUAGUGGGUUUUGUUUUGUUUUGUUUAUUUUUAAUGAUUUCAGGGUUUGUGAUGAGGUCCAUGAUUAUCUUAGGGUAGAACUACCCAGCCUCUUGAACUGAAGUAACAUGUGGGGCACAUGAGGAAAGUAAGUGAGGUACAAUGAGGUGUUGAUUGCCAAAUUGAGGUUUUUUACAGUUUCAUUGUGAAUUAUGUAAAACUAUUCAGAGACAGGCCCUCUAAAAACGAAUUUUAGUUUGGUGUUACGUAGACUGUGUUCUCUUCUUGUCCUUGGUUCUGAGAAGCAUUUUGUAUUCGCCACAGCUGUCCUGUAGGGCAGUUGUUACUUCUGAAUCCAGUUCUAUGUGUUCAAUAAUUUGAAUACAUUCAAAGAAGUAACCAACUGAAAACAAGGACGGUAUUUGAAUUUUGAGUUAAGGUAAAAUCCAAGUACAAAGCUUAUUUUGGUUAGUACUAAAUCUUAAUGAACAGAUGCUGGACAGGAAGCCAACUCCUUAGUUAUAUAAGAAGGUUUUAAUAAAUAAAAGCUUUUGUCCUUGCUUUCAAAACCCUUCUAUUGUCCAUUUACCUAAAGAGCUAUUUCUAAUUCACUGUUGCAUUUACUGUGCCACCAACAGGAAAACUUUCAAGCUGCCCAAGCAAAGUGAUGACUUUAGAGAAGCAGCCCAAUCACAGCCCUUUCUGUGAUCGAAUAGAUCAGGAAUCUGAGGUGGCUCUAAAAUGUAUUAUAAACGCACACAGAAAAGUGGUUUUCUUCGGACAUUGGAUUGUCUGCUGUGGCACAGCAUUUGGCAAAAAUCUUUUUCUCCCAUAAAAAGUGGUACUGCCUUAGUUAUCCAGUAGCUAUUCUAUUGUCUCUAAAGAAGCUCCCUACUUAAAUCCUGACUCAAUGGUCUGCGUUUAUGUGUAAUGUUGUUUCUGAUAAGACUUAGUAAUAACUCAUUUUAGUCACAAAGUCUGAUACGAUCUAAAAGUUAGUCUUUAAAGGACAAACAUGAGGAAGGUGGAGGCUGGUAUGCUAGAUUAUUUCAUGUGUGAGGAAGAACUUGGACUCAGAAGGUUGUUUUAUAUUUUCUCAUGGGAUAUUAAGAAAACUGGUUUUAAUGUCAGUAUAUACAUUUUGAGCAUGAAAUAUUUGGCCCAUUUUUUAAAAUAAGACUUUAGGUUACUAUCUGUAAAUGUCGUAUGUUGUUUAUAACAAACCAUUGUCUCUUUUAAAGGAUGAACAGUUUGUGAAGGAGCAUCAUUCUAAGGCUUGAGUGAUGUAAUCCUUGUGUUUGGACAGUUCACCAGAGUCUCAAGAAGGCUUUCAAACGGCUGUAAAGUUUGAUGUUUGUCCUGCUGAGCUUACUGGGAAGGAGAUAGCAUACAAACGGUGUGGGUACCAGCACGUAGAUGUAUCAUUUGCUAAACUUGGUUAAACAGAUAUGAAGCAAAAUAACAAAUCUGUUGACAAGCCGGAACUACUUCAUAUUAAGUCAUAAUGUCAGAUUGAACAUUUUAAAUGUCACAAGUGAAAAACUUGCCUAGUGUGUAGAAGUUGUAUUCUUUUCUAGGUGUCUGUCUUCAAAAGUUGAGGCUUUCUACAGUGGUCUCCUUAGUGCUUUAUAAGCCAAGGCAGUCUCAGGCACACUUACUAGCUGGAUGAAUUGGAAGAGGCUUGGGCCCUUGUGCCUGGAGCACGGCUAUACUGGUUUGAAGCUGGUUACUUAAUAAGGUGAGAAAUAUGUGAUGUUGCUAAAUCUGACUUGAAGAUUUCAGUUUAUACAGAAAGAAUCAUGCAUCUUUAAUGCAAGCUGUUUUUUUAAAUAUGAGAAUUAGAAAAAACUUUGUUUUUGAGCUACUUGGAGAAUCUUUAUUAAGAAAAUAACAUAAUUUUUUAAAAACGCUUAUAUCCAAGAUUGUAUGUGGCCACAUUACCAGUGAUGUUUUUCUCUUGAUAUUGGCCAAAAGGGAAUGAAAAUGCUGUCAUAGGAAUCUGUACAUAUGCUACUGAUUUGCCUAGAAAAUAGCAAGUUUGGUAUUGCUCACUUUGCAUAUUUAGGGCCAUAUGGCACUUUUAUCUAUAGGACAGAUUAACUCUAAUAAAAAUGAAAUGGGGAGGGGUUUAUUUUUGAUAUAUUACUCUUCUGAGUUUUCAAGCUUUGAUAGUGUUUAACGGAAAAGUGGUUUAGAAAGGGCUAAAUCCAAUAUGUUCAUAUUAAAAAAAUUGAUAUGAGAUAAAAUUUAAGUUCUUUCUUUAACAAAAGCAAGUACCGUAUUAGUAACCAUCAUAUUGUCAUAGGUGCUGUGCUUGUUUAGAUGUUAAAGAAUGGGUGGGGGAGUGGCAUUGUGUAAUAUAUAUGUACAUACAUACAUACAUACAUACAUACAUACAUGCAUACAGUAUAUCAUCAGAACGCUCGGAGAGCUCUUAUGUCAGGAAUGCUGAGUUUUGUAGCAUAUUGAGGUCAGAUAAUAUUCCACACUUCUGUGCAUUCUCCUGCAUCUCUUCUGCUGGUUUCAGUGACUGUAUUACUCCAGCACUCAUAACUGGUUUUUAUCCUUUAUUUUUCUUCCAGUUUUUUAUUAGUUUUCUUUGGCUUGAUGCUUUUGGUUAUGUUACCAGUCACUUGAAAACUCCUGACCCCCAAAGCUUUCUCGUGUUUGUUCUUUCCUGCUUUCUUUCUGGCAGCUAUAAAAUUGGUAAGAACAUUGUGAACAUAGCUUUUAAAAGAUUUCUUUCUUUCUUUCUUUCUUUCUUUUUUUUUUUUUUAGAAUCAUAUUGGGCAAAGACUUCUGGUGUUUCCUUUGAACAGGGAAUUUGUCAGGAAUGUGUUUUGAUAGCAGGUCAGCAAGCAGUGCUAGUGUCCAAAGCACUUGUCUGUCACAAGUCAUCUGGCUGAAGUUUGUUUGUCUCUCAGGACUCCUCCCUGCUGUUUUCCACCAUUUAGGGUGACAUGGAAUCAAACAAGAACCGGGGCUUAAAAACCAAUGGAGUUAUCCAACCCGGGUGACUUCAGUCUAGUCUGUCUUCUCUCCUUCUCUGCCAACUCCAGUCAAGCUAGUAACACGAGUUUGUUUCUCUACCAAUAGCUGUGUCAUUUUCAGCUCCUUUCAGAGGCUUUAUUUUGCCUUUGUAACACUGAAAAACUAUUGGCAUAUCAUUCCCCGGGGCCCAAUACAAAGGUUGUAUAUUUCCUUGGGACUGUACUUACAUUAGUUCUUUGUAAAUGGUCGCUGUCACUUGCACUUUUUCUUUUUUGACCCAGUUUGGGUAUCAGCAACUUGGGAAAUUCCCUCAUUGGCCAGCUGUCCAGUGACGCUUCUAUCUUCCUCCUCUCUUCAGACAUGACUCCUUAAUGGAAGCUCUUUGUUGACUACAAUAUCGUAGCUGGUCUAAAGCAUGUUAUAAAAACUAAAUAUCUGAGCUGUGGCUAGGCCAGUAAAUUAAAAUAUGAGCUGAGACUCUUUCAUCAUGAGUAAAUAUUGAAGGAAGAAUAAAUACUUUAAAUUUCAUUCUCACCCCAACAUUCUAUGUAGAGUAUACCAGAAAUUUUUCCAGAAUAUUACGAACUUUGUUAAAGCAGUUAACUUAUUGUCAUCAUGGGAAACCCUGUAAUAAUCAUUGUUACUAAAUUAUUUUCAUAUUAUAUUUGGGUUUAACUUCAAAGAAAUGCUGCCUAAACCUGACUGGUUUCAGAUGGGGCCUGCACAGGUGAAGUGCUAUAGAAUAAGCGUGUCCACAGUUGUACAAAGCACAACUAGAGUCUCUGGUGGCUGGCUUGUGUGUGUCUUGAUUACUUUUAAUGUUAAUAAUGUUGACUCUUUGGUUAACAGUCACUGUUAUGUACCAGGAACUGGUUUCCUUGACUUUCUUUAUCAUUGGCCGAGAGAGGCAUGUAAUCCUUGAGGGGUCGAGCAUAUCAUGAAGUUGAGUCAGUGUGGAAGAAUUUCAAACAAAUAAAACAGGGUGCUGAAGUUCCGGCUGACUCACCCUCACGUGGUGUGCUCCUGGUGAGUGAAUGUAGCCUGCAGCCUUUAUGUGUCCUGAGGGGCAGACAUACUUUCAUAAGGACCAGAAACAUUUGAAUGGAGGAAUUAUAUUUCAGGUGUUUUAGCUUGAAAUUUAUUUUUUAAAAAAAGAAAAAUUAAAAAAAUAAAUAAGAGAGCAAAGUUUGGGAAGCAAGUUGGCAGUAUAAGAACAGGCAGAACAAAUGCUGGCCAGUUCUCGCUCUGGUACUUGUGGGGGCAGGUCCAGAGGAAGAUGAACAAUCUAUAGGAAGUAUGUGAGAAGGGCCCAACAGUAGCAACUCGUACUUCCCAGGCAUGAGUCACUACUUGCCCAUACAAGUACAGUGUUUCUAAGCUUCCGUCUGAGGAGCAUCAGAGAUGAGAGGAAAUCUGAGAUGUUGAAAAAGAGAACAGUAGGGAAGAAGAGUCUGCAGAUCAUGAUCUAUGUUGGCCACAUGAAAUGAUUUAUUAUAUUUGGGAGGUUUUAUUUUCUUAUGUUUUUUAAAAUUAAAUUGGUAAAUGCUUUAUAGACGUAUUUUUACCCAGGUGCCACUUCAAUAUGUAUGUAAUAAAGUUAUUUAUAUUAAAAGUGGGAAAUUUGUCAACAUUUUUUCUGUGCGUGUAGAUUUAUUAGGAUGGCGAAGUGUGUUAGUUAGCAGUUUUCUGUGUAAAGCUGUCUUUAGCUGAUCUGUGCACAUAGGUUAUAAUGCCCCCAAGGGAUUACAAGGAAGGAUCAUUCCCAGCCUGGACAUGUCACUUGAAAUUCUUGAAAAGAUAAAUAAAUAACCAGGGGAGUCCUAGGAGGAUGUCUGGCUUUUUGGUUUUUCCUUGAGUACUGGAGUAGAGAAUACCUCCCCUAGAACUGUCAGCACAAAACAGGGUAUCAGCCUUUAACUCUGAUGUUUCUAUUGGAGUUGAGUACUAAUAACUAUGAGGAGGAAAAUACAUUUCUAAUAAAAAUUCCUUAUAAUCUAGAAACAUCCCUGUUUAAAUUUUUUUACCUAAAUCUUUUUGUGCUUUAUGUGUAAAGAAUAAAAAUACCAAGAUACCAUGCAUUUUAUUAACACUAUGUACAUACUGGCUGCUUUGUGUUCAGAAUGGUAGCGGUUGCUUUGUAUAUUGAAGUGAUUCUUGUGAAUUUGUGAAAUAUUGUCAUAAAGUGCUUUUCUUACUGUAAUCUUUGUGGUAUCAACUGUCAAAAUGCCCUUUUUACACAGACAUCUAUGUGCAGACACAUAAACAUGCUUUUAAAACUCUGGAAAGUCUCUUUUUUGGGCCGGGAUCUCUCUUUCUUCCCCAGCUAGUGUGUGUGUUUACCUGUUUUCUUUGACUUGAGUUUAUUAAUUUUAUGAAAUGAGCAAAGAUCUCAUUGAAUAUAUCACAGGCUUGCAAUGCUUAGCAACAGAGCACUGUAAUUCACACAACACACCUAGAGUUGAUUCUGCUGAAGUCCUCACUUGGCCUGUUGAUUUGCGAGUGCUGCUGUCGUGUUGAGUAACUCAUAGAGGCAUGUCCAGCAGCUUAGUCAGGAAACUUGUGCAUUAACGAACAAUAGCGAACUUCGCAGACCACCUUUAUUCUGAGUAUGUAAACUGCAACAGAGGGUGGGUACAGCAGCAUGCUCUUGUAAUUCCAGGCUCAGGAACACGGGAGGCAGAACCAAAGGCUAGGUUGGACUAUCUCCAGUGAGGUCCUGGGGGAAGAAGGGUAUGAACAAGGGAGUUCUGGGGUGGGUGUGGCUACCAUUGCCAAAGAACUAAGAAUAAAAGAUCCCUGUAAUAUUCUGCGGUAAAUUCUGAAACUUGUAAAAAGUUAACAUUUUAGUCCUAAAUUGUGUAAUGUUUCCUGUUCAUUAAAUGCGGUCUUGAAGCUUGA